GGAGUCUUUGUAUACGCGGCGUCUCUGAGGAAGAGCGGCUGUGCAAUAAUUACGUGUCUUGCUGUUGAUCAAUGACACAUUUAGUGUGCGCGUAUGUGAGGGUGAAGCUUUUGCGGGACUAUAGAAAAAAAGUCAGUCAGUGGACUUUUUUUUUCUUUCAAAAAUGACAUUUAGAUGGGACUACAUCCUCGUCCUUGCACCUUAACUAAGCCGCAUGCUUUUUGCCUUCAGGGCAGUCCCCACCACCCUCAUCCUCAUCUUCCUCCUCAUCCUGUCGAGAAGCGCCAGUGUGCCACUCGCCGCUUCCAGGAAUCGAAUCAAGGAGGUGAAUUGAGAAUCCACGGGCGGCGUGGCUGCUGUGCUUGUGUGGGCCGAGGUGAGGUCAACUCUUGCGCGAUGACGACGGGCAAAUCUGUGAAAGACUUCGACAGAUACCAGUCAGUGCUCAACUCUUUGCUGGCGUUGGACGAGAAUAAAUUCUGUGCGGACUGCGAAUCAAAAGGUCCGAGAUGGUCUUCGUGGAACUUGGGCAUCUUCAUCUGUAUACGAUGCGCCGGCAUCCAUCGAAAUCUCGGCGUCCACAUCUCCAAAGUCAAGUCCGUCAACUUGGACCAGUGGACGCAGGAGCAGGUUCAGUGCGUCCAGGAGAUGGGAAACGCCAAGGCCAAGCGCCUCUACGAAGCCUUCCUGCCCGAGUGCUUCCGACGGCCCGAGAGCGACCGCUCGGCGGAGAACUUCAUCAGGGACAAGUAUGACAAGAAGAAGUACAUGGAUAAGGUCAUCGAUAUCCACAUGCUCAGGAAAGAAAAGAGCUGCGAGAACAUCCCCAAGGAGCCGGUUGUCUUUGAGAAGAUGAAAAUUAAAAAAGACGUCAGCCCCAAGACGGACUCCCGAUGCGUUACGGACCUGCUGGCGUUGGAUGCUCCCGAUCCAAGUCCCGCGGCGGUGUCCGAUGGGGUUCCGGGCAGUCACCGGAGUCCAGCAGGUUCUAAUCCGGCGCGCCCCUCCUUGGAUCUCUUCAGUCAGCUCUCGGAUCCGUCCGCCCCUUCCACGAGCCGAGCGAGCGCCUCCGUGCCCGAAAACCUCAGCCUCUUCUUGGAUCCGCCACCCAGAAAGGCGGAAGGGGCGUUCCGGAAACUGUCCAAGGAUUCCAUUCUGUCCCUUUACGGAUCCGCCCCAUCAGUGCACGUUAGCAGUAUGGCGCCGUCUCACGGCUUAUACGUGAACCAAACGGGAUACCCGACGCAUCCGUACGGUUCUUACCAUUCGUUGGCUCAGGCCGGCGGGAUGGGGGGAGCCGCGGUCGUGUCGCAGGUUGCCACCAUGGGACAUCCUCAAAACACCGCCAUGACGUCACAGCAGAAUGGCGCCAUGCAGCGUCGGGCCGCGGGGUCGAUGGGACAUUCUCAGGCGGGAGGCUCGGCGGCGGCGGCGGCGGCGGCGGCGGCAGCUCAGCGGCAAGCGCUCGGAGCUCAGCGGCCGCAGUGGAACGUGGGACAGAUGAGUCGGCACGCGUCCGUCACGAAUCCAUUCGGCUCCGCCGCUCAAGCGAUGGGAAACGCCGCGGCCCCGAGUUUAGCGCACGUGACGCCGCAGGUCUGGAAAUGAACGGCGUCCGCCUCGAAAGUGAACUUGUGAAGUCCUCAACCAGAGCCGCGUGGGCGGGACCCUGCGGGAGCUUGUCCGGUUUUCAAGAAGCAAAGAGGAGGAGACUCUUGAGAAUUGGAAAAGUACAACCACCUCUUCCUCUCUCCUCGGCCCCCUUGCCCCAAAUCCACUUCCUGCCUCGGCCGAGCUUGGCGAAUGUCUGCACUUGCCUUCGGAAUAUUUGGUCAACGCAGUCACAGGGUCACACAUUUUUAUAUCCGAUUGGGAACGCGCAACCUUUUGGGUUUUUGUUUUUUUGUGACGACAUGCUGUCUUUUUAGUUAAGAAUUGAAAGCCCCGUCUCAUAGAAAAGUAUCUUUGGCGCCAUCUUGUGGCAUCUUUGCGCCAAGGAACUGUUGAAGACUGAGAGGAGCGAAAAGUAGUGCUUUGCUGCCAUCUGCUGGUAGCCACGCGAGGCCCGGCUACCGAAUGCAGGACGCACACGACCAGUCUCUGUGAUUCCAAUGAACUUUAUUGACUGCUCGGUCAAUGGGCAUGCAAAUACAAGCUUCUCAAACCAAAAUGUGACAAUUGUCAUUUUGGUGUGCACACGCAUCGGAUUGAUUGCGUUUUCUUUAAAAAAAAAAACAAACGACGUGCACCGUAAUUCAUCGAUUUUGCAGCUUACAAACCACCAAAAAUACCAGUUUUACGUGAUCAAAUACUGCACAUAGAAAACAUUUACAAAGCACGGGUAGAAAAUUACAG